AUGGCUAUUUUAGUUAAGUUAAAACAAAAAUGUAUUGAUUUAGAAGAUUAAGAUUCAUGCUGUUCUGAAUUAAGAAAUACCCACAAGUAAUUAACUAUAUAGGAUUCUGAUUAGAUUGAAAUACAAUUAGAUAGUUAAUCAUUUAAUUCUAAUGGCAUAAAUCAUCAAUAAAAUAACACUUUCAAUGGAAUGGUAAAAUAAGAAAGUUAUUUGAACUCUUAGAUUCAAUCUGAAAAAGAGAAUAUGCAAAAUUAAAAUGAUAUGCUUAAUGGGACGCAUAGAGUUUAAUCACUUUAAUAUCAAGAUAAUCAGAAAAACAUUAAUGACUAGGGAGAUAUGUCUUAGUAAUUAGAUCUAGAUAUUGACUUAUCAAAGUAGCAAUUGAAGGUUGACAUAUAAGAAUGUAAUAAAUAGAUUAAAUAGAAGCACUACUUAAAGAGCGACCCAAAGUUAAAUAAAUAAAGAAGAUAUAAACUUUUAGAGUCUAUUUGUUCAGCUAAAAUAGAAACUAAUUUCUUUUGCUGGAGAUCAAAAAAUAACGAUACUGAUUAGCUUUCACUUUAAAGUCUAUUGUAUCUCAACCAAAUAAAAAACUUACUAUGCUUAUUUUUCAUACUUUUUAUUUUGAGUUUACCAACAUUUUAUAUUUGUGCAAAAAGUAAUUUAUUUUAUUUCAAUAUUGAUAAAAUUACUGAUUCUCAAAAAUAAUUUUCUUAUAAUUAAAGUUAGUAAAGACCUACAUUAUGA